UUCGUUUGUAGUAGUCACGUGACCGAUGUCACAUCUCUCUUUAUAUGCGAAGCAUGCUGAGAGUGAAGCGAAGUUGACAAACGUGUGACAAACAUGAACGAGGUAGUUAAGGUGAUUGUAAACAUAUUUUACAUGUUAUAUCUCUGGUUAGAGGCGGUAGUGUUGCAGUUUGUACCGAGAAAGCUUCGUUAUAAAGAACUGGAUGGAGAAAUUGUACUGAUUACAGGAGGUGGAAGCGGAAUAGGUCGUCUACUAGCGCUGAGAUUCGCAGGUGUGGGGUGUCGUGUGGUAAUUUGGGACGUUAACGAGGAAGGUAAUCGCGAAACACAGCAACAGGUGAAGAGCCGAGGAGGUGAAUGUCAUUCGUAUGUGUGUGAUGUCACCGAUAGAGAGAAAGUUUACGCUGUGGCGCGUAAAGUGAAGGAAGAAGUGGGUCCAGUCACUAUACUUGUCAACAAUGCUGGCAUCGUAACGGGGAAGAAUCUUUUGGAUAUCCCCGAUCAUCUUAUCGAGAAGACCUUUCAAGUUAACGUCAUAGCACAUUUUUGGACACUGAAAGCCUUCCUGCCUGAUAUGAUCAGUAUGAACCAUGGUCAUAUUGUGACGAUUUCUAGUUUGGCCGGAUUCUCUGGAAUAAAUCGUCUUUCCGAUUACUGCGCCAGUAAAUCUGCUGCCAUCGCUGCACACGAAUCUUUACAUUUUGAAUUGAAAAACGAUAAUGUUUCGGGUAUCAAGAUGACAUUAGUGGCACCGUUCUUCAUAAAUACAGGCUUAUUUGAAGGAGCUGAUGGGGGAUAUUUUUCAGUCUUGACACCUGAAUACGUUGCCGACGAAGUAAUAUCUGGUGUAAGAUGCAAUCAAGAGACAGUUAUUCUUCCAAGUAUCUUUAGCGCUAUAGUCAUGGUGAAAGCCAUAAUGCCUGUAACAGCAUAUUCUGUAUACUACGAGUUAUUACAAGGGUAUAACUCUAUGAAAAAUUUUGUUGGAAGAUCGAGAAAAAACAAUUAAUAACCUUUUGUUUUUUUUAUAAAUUUUACCUUUUUCUUGCGAUGUUUCUGUGAGGGGGAAAGUAUGGCAAUCGGUCAAAUAACGACCGAUUGGCAUAUUUUCCCUCUGUUAUCUAUAACAGAGCCAAGAAAGUGAAAAUAGGAGUCCAUGACUUCGUUUUCGAUAUACAAAAGUAUUACAGUGACAAUGUUUAUGCUCUCUGAUGCGACGAGCAUGGACCUAACGGAAUUUACGCCUAGGGAUCAAAAAUAAAAACAGUAUUACGUGCGCCUAAUGGAAAAUAGGCGCGAAAACGAACAUAACACAAGAGCAAAGCAAUCGCCAUCGAUUGCUUUGUUCUUGGAUUCGUUUCUCCGUACCUGGCCAGUGCAAAGAUCGUGUCUCCCGUAGCCUGAAGAUACGAGAGAUAAGAGGCUACAAAAGAGGCUAUCGAGGAUAGCCUCUUUUGUGGCGGAAAGUGCAAAGUUCACCUGUCCGCGUCUGUCAGGUACUGUACAAGAAUCUCCUCUUCUGUGCCUAACAGGUGCAGGGAUCGCUUCUCUCCUUCCGGCUCCGCAUCAAUUCUAUCACGAGCAACAAAGUCGCGCGAUGUCCUAGUAAUUAUUUACUCUCAAAUUUAAAAUUCAUUCCGUAUUAUAAUAAUGUUUAAUGUUAAUCCUAGUGAGCAAAUAGUAUAAAAUUAACCUGUAUCUGAUGAAAAUAUUAAGAGACAAUCCCUUGGAAUUACAUAAUCGAAAUAUAUGAAACCACGAAUGAAAUAAACUCCGCUUUUACGAUCAAAUUAAUUCUUGUUAUAAACCUAAUAACCCGAAUGCUGAUUUUUCAUAGGCUCGGUAUUAUAAAAUGAUAUUUCGUUCUUGGAAAUGAAUAAUAA